GCGCUCGCUUGCCUGCUUCCUGCCGCCGCCUCCCGGGCCAUGGCGACCUGCCUGCGGCUGCGGAGCUGCCGGGCCCCGCGCCUCCCGCCCGCGGGCCGCGGCCUGCGCCCCGGCUGCCCCGCGCAGCCCCGCCGCUCUGCCGGGGGCCCGGCCGGCCUGUCCACGGCGCUGCUGCGCACCGAGAGCUUCGUGGGCGGCCGCUGGCUCCCGGCCGCCGCCGCCUUCCCCGUGCACGACCCGGCCAGCGGCGCCCAGCUGGGCUUGGUGGCCGACUGCGGGGUGCCCGAGACCCGCGCCGCGGUGCGCGCCGCCUACGAGGCUUUCUGCAGCUGGAGGGGCGUCUCGGCCAAGGAGAGGAGUUCAUUACUUCGGAAAUGGUACGACUUAAUGAUGCAAAAUAAGGAUGACCUUGCCAAGAUCAUUACAGCUGAAAGUGGGAAGCCGCUGAAGGAGGCGCAGGGGGAAGUUGCCUAUUCCGCCCUUUUCCUAGAGUGGUUUUCAGAGGAGGCCCGCCGCGUCUACGGAGACGUCAUCUACACCCCCGCCAAGGAGAAGCGGGCGCUGGUCCUGAAGCAGCCCCUCGGGGUGGCCGCGGUCAUCACGCCGUGGAAUUUCCCCAGCGCCAUGAUCACCAGGAAAGUGGGGGCCGCCCUGGCCGCCGGCUGCACCGUGGUGGUGAAACCCGCCGAGCACACGCCCUUCUCCGCCCUGGCCCUGGCCGAGCUCGCGGACCAGGCUGCAAUUCCUCCCGGCGUGUACAACGUCAUUCCCUGCUCCAGAGCGAAGGCCAAGGAAGUAGGAGAAGCACUUUGUACUGACCCUCUGGUGUCCAAAAUCUCCUUUACUGGCUCAACAGCUACCGGAAAGAUACUGCUGCACCACGCAGCUGGCUCUGUGAAGAGGGUCUCCAUGGAGCUGGGCGGCCACGCCCCGUUCAUCGUCUUCAACAGUGCCAACGUGGACCAGGCUGUCGCGGGAGCCAUGGCAUCCAAAUUUAGGAACUCUGGACAGACUUGCGUUUGCUCAAACCGUUUCUUGGUGCAAAGGGGUAUCCACGAUUCUUUUGUGAAGAAAUUUGCCGAGGCAAUUAAAAUGAACCUGCGUGUGGGUAAUGGCUUUGAGGAGAGAACUACUCAAGGCCCAUUAAUUGAUGAAAAGGCGGUAGAAAAGGUAGAGAAGCACGUGAAUGACGCAGUGUCCAAAGGCGCCACUGUUGUGACAGGCGGGAAGCGACACCAACUUGGAAAAAAUUUCUUUGAGCCCACACUGCUCAGCAAUGUCACCAGGGACAUGCUCUGCUCUCACGAAGAGACGUUUGGGCCUCUGGCACCAGUUAUCAAGUUCGACACAGAGGAGGAGGCUGUAGCGAUCGCUAACGCAGCUGACGUCGGGCUGGCAGGUUAUUUUUACUCUCAAGACCCAGCCCAGAUCUGGAGAGUGGCGGAGCGGCUGGAAGUGGGCAUGGUGGGCGUGAACGAGGGACUGAUCUCCUCUGUGGAGUGUCCUUUCGGCGGGGUGAAGCAGUCUGGCCUCGGGAGAGAGGGGUCCAAGUACGGCAUCGACGAGUACCUAGAGCUCAAAUACGUGUGCUUCGGGGGCUUGUAGGACUCGUCAGUGCUUUAAAAAAUAAAAAAAGGAAGCUGACGUGCACAUACGGGGACAUGCCAUCCAUUAUUCUAGGUGAACUUCUAGGUUAGUGGAAUUAGGGAUUUUUCAAACUCCUCCAAUACUCAUGAUCUUAAGCACAGGUGAGCCCCACCCCUCCCCUUACCUAAUGAGGGACCAGCAGAUGCCACACGUCUGGGGCGCAGACUCCCCAAGAACCAGCACUGCAUGUAUAGAGUGAAGCCCUGGGACUCCACCAAGAGCUGGGUGUCCCGUCCCAGAGGCUCUUCACUGCCUGGGCCGUGACCCCGCCAUCUCCCCUGUGGCUCUGAGCUCACACCAGAGGGGGCUGCCCGGAAGACCCCUGAGCAUGAGGACAGGCCAGGCAGAGGUGGGCCCACCGUUCCUGUCAAUCUCCUGGCUCAGCUCUACGCGCCCGUGCCGUGUAUUCCUAAAUGUUGCCACAGAGACUGAAUUGAUCAUUUUUAAGACUGUGAAGUAGCACAGAAUCUCCUGUGUUUCUGUGAGG